UGAAAUGGAUACAGCCACCGCUCCUCGGCUGUCAACCUUGAGGAAUGGUAUUGAUGUUUUAUCAAAACGUGUGUGAAUGCGAAGAAACAACGGGUAAUUUAAAUAGGGUGAAAAUUGUAAAUAAAAUAAUAUGCCGUUAGCUAAUUCGGUGGAACCAUGGCAAAUCCAACACGCCGCCAUAGAGCUAUCGGAGUGUCCAGGCCCCUAAGAUUUGUUUCUUCACAAUCUGGAGAUGGAGAUGAUAUUCCCAAUUCAGAUGAUGGUCCAUCGGAAGGUGAACAUGAAAUUGAAUUGGCCGAGGUAGUACGUAAUGGUCACGAAAAAGCUGAUCCUUCCCAAUUUAUUUUGUUAAAAGUAUUAGGAGAAGGUUCAUUUGGGAAAGUAUUUUUAGUAAAAAAAGUGAUGGGUGCCGACACUGGAACGUUAUAUGCAAUGAAAGUUUUAAAAAAAGCUACAUUAAAAGUCCGAGAUCGGUAUCGAUCGAAAAUGGAACGAAAUAUUUUGGUUGAUGUGGAACAUCCGUUCAUUGUAAAGCUUCAUUACGCGUUUCAAACCGAAGGAAAAUUGUAUUUGAUCUUGGACUUUCUUCGAGGCGGUGAUUUAUUUUCAAGACUUACCAAAGAGGUUAUGUUUACAGAAGAAGAUGUGAAAUUUUAUUUAGCAGAAUUAGCGUUAGCAUUGAGUCAUUUACAUUCUUUGGGUAUUAUUUAUCGGGAUUUAAAACCGGAAAAUGUUCUCUUAGAUUCCGAGGGUCACAUUGCAUUAACCGAUUUUGGGCUUUCAAAACUUCCAGUUGAAGAGGGAAAAACUUAUAGUUUUUGUGGAACCGUUGAAUAUAUGGCUCCGGAAAUUGUAAACAGAAAGGGGCACUCAUUCGCUGCUGAUUGGUGGUCUUUCGGCGUUGUAAUGUAUGAAAUGUUAACCGGAUGUUUACCAUUUCAAGGUACAACAAGACGAGAUACGAUGACAAUGAUUUUAAAAGCGAAAUUAGGAAUGCCUUCGAAUUUAAGUACGGAAGCUCAGAGUUUGUUAAGAGUUUUGUUUAAAAGAAAUCCAGCGAAUCGUUUAGGUGCUGGACCCGGAGGUGUUGAAAAUUUAAAAAAACACGAAUUUUUCGCUACAAUUGAAUGGGAUGCUUUAUUUGCAAAGAGAAUAAGACCACCUUUUAAACCAGCAGUGCCAAUGAGAGGAAACGAUGCUUGUUAUUUCGAUUCUGAAUUUACAAGUAAAACGCCAAAAGAUUCUCCAGGAGUUCCAGCAAGUGCAAACGCAAGGGAACUAUUUAAAGGGUUCAGUUUUGUGGCGCCUUGCCUUUUGGAUACAGCACCACCAUUAAUUAAAAAAACAGAACCUUCUCCGCUACUAAUUGGAAUAACAACAACCAGUUUUUAUGAAGAAUACGAAUUGCAAAAAGUUUUAGGUUCGGGAAGUUACAGCGUUUGUCGCUUGGCAAGACACAAAGCGACAGAUCAAUAUUUCGCUGUAAAAAUCGUUGAUAAAUCAUCGUGUAAUUGUAAAGAAGAAAUCGAAAUCUUGUACCGAUACGGACACCAUCGUGGAAUUGUUUCUUUAAUGCGCGUUUACGAAGACGACGAACGUGUUUUUUUAGUUUUAAAAUUAUUAAAAGGUGGUGAUCUUAUCGAUUAUAUGGUCGCGAAAAAAAGACUUCCCGAACAUGAAGCUGCCGCAAUUCUAAAAACUUUAACGGAAACUAUCGCUUUUCUACAUGAAAAUGGUGUUGUUCAUCGAGAUUUAAAACCAGCUAAUAUUUUAUUUGCUACUGAAGAUAAAGAUCCAAGAGGAGUUACUAUUUGUGAUAUGGGAUUUGCUAAACAACUUCGUGCUGAUAAUGGUCUUCUAAUGACUCCUUGUUACACGGCAAAUUAUGUCGCCCCUGAAGUUUUAAAACGUCAAGGUUAUGAUGCGGCCUGCGAUAUAUGGUCUUUAGGUGUAGUUCUUCAUAUCAUGCUUUCUGGCGAAUGUCCCUUUAACAACGAACCGGAAGACAGCCCCCAACAUAUUUUACAAAGAAUCACAUCGGGUUCUUUAAAUUUCAAAAGUAAAUCGUGGCAGAAAGUUUCGCAACAAGCUCGAGAUCUCGUCUCGGAUAUGCUUCACGUUGCCCCACAACGUAGGCCAUCGGCGAGUCAACUUUUAAAACAUCCCUGGGUGAAUCAACGGACGACAUCAAUCAAUGUUAAUCAUCAUCAAAGAAAUUCUUGUGAUUUAUUAAUGGAUACAGCUUCCGCUUCUGCGACUGGGCCAAAUUUAAAAGAAGCUGUUGAAGCAACGUUUAGAGCGAUUGCUACAUCACCUCAGGUUGCUCAUUUGGGACCUGUUGCUAUGUCUGAAUUGGCUAGGAGACGAUUGAAAGAUAAAGCAAGAAAUAAUUUACAACAACAUUCAAAUGCAAUUUAAUAAAAUU